AUGAUAUUUCACAGGUUUCACUUUCCUCAAGGUGUCCCUGUGUCAACGGUGGAAAAUGAUGCAGCUCUCCGUCGCGUAUGCAAAGUUUUCCGCGAGCUACCGGAUGAGCAGUGCUCAUUAGCAGAUAUGCCACGAGUAUGUGAAGCUGCCAAUCUCCCCCUGUAUUGGAAGCAUCCAAUUUUCAUGUCGCUAACCAAAGGAGAGCCUCGUCGCGCUUCUUUGAUCGACUUUACUGCAUGGUGGCGUGCUAUGACGAGUAUUGCUCAUGAUGAAGCUGCAAGGUUUAUUUACACACUCAGCGGUGGAAGCAGGAGCUUUGUUACACGUGAAGAUUUGUAUGGAAUGGUUAUGGACAUAAUGCAUACCCAUCCAGGAUUGGAGUUUUGUCGUGAAGCAGUGGAUUUCCACGACAAAUACUGCGAUGUAGUGAGUCCUCAAAUUAAUAGAAAAAUUUGCUUUUAUUACAUAAUUAUGCCAAUAGUUACCUAA